AUGGAAUCUACCAACAAGCAACCAGUCAAGCUUGCCCGUGUCCUCAAGGUCCUCGGCCGAACCGGUUCUCGAGGAGGUGUCACCCAAGUCCGAGUCGAAUUCAUGGACGAGUCCAACCGAUCCAUCAUCCGAAACGUAAAGGGUCCCGUCAGAGUUAACGAUAUCUUGGCUCUUUUGGAAUCUGAACGAGAAGCUAGGUGA